AUGACUUCGUCAUCGUCACAAAAUGAUCGUCCAUUAUUGGCAGCAGCUCUCUCAGCCAUAUUGGGGAAAAACGUAUUACCUGUUUCAGACAAUCGGAAUGUGAGUACACUGUCCUUAUUCGAUCAUCAUUUGACAGCAUUUUCAUCUGGAAAAACGAGUAGUGAUACUGAUGACUCAUUAUCAUCGUCGUUGAUGACCUUGAAUAUAGUGCUAUCAUCCACCAGCGGCGAAACAUAUCAAUGUGAAAUUGAAAAGAAUGCAACUGGUGAUCGUCUGAAACGCCUAAUUUACGAUCGAGAAAAUAUUUUGUGUGCAAAUCAGAAUUUAAUUUAUUGUGGUGAAGAAGUCGAUGAUGGGAAAGCGUUGAGUGAUUACGGAAUCAGCAAUUUAGAUACAAUCCAUGUCAGACGUUUGCGAAAUAUGCCAAGUGAUCAGUUGGUAUUAGAUCUGAAUUCAUUGGAUGAGAAAUAUAAUUAUGAUUUUACCAACAUCCGAGAUACUGUGACACAUUUUGUGCGUGGUGGCGUGGAAUAUCGUCGACCGUGUGGCUGGAAACGAUUUGCCAUCAGGGUUAUCGGUAAGUACGAAAACGAAGAGUGGCUUGGUUGUUCAAAUGGAUUGGGUGAGUGGCCAGUAUCCUAUCACGGGACACGGCUGGAUGCCGCCAAGUCAAUAUGUCAAGCAGGCUUUGAUCUAUCGAAACAUGUGCGUCAUCUUUAUGGUAGUGGAGUUUAUUCAACACCUGAUGUCAAUAUCGCUAAACAAUUCACCAAAUGUUUUAAGUUUAAUAAUCAGGACUAUUAUGUCGUACUACAAAAUCGUGUAAAUCCCAAAACAGUGAGGAAACUCACGAAUGCAGAAACAAAGGAAGCGGGUGAAUAUUGGAUUACACCAGAUGCGAAAGAUAUUCGACCCUAUGGGAUUUGUAUAAUGAAGAAAUAG